ACAGAAAGAACGUUCUAAAUUCCAAAACUUCUUGUUUCUGUUGAAGUUCGUUCAUCACACCUUUGGCGUUAGGGUUCGCCUGGUUUGAGCCGUCACCGCCCCGCCCCAGCUCUGCCCUUCGCCGCCGGACACCUCCCGGUCUCCAAUGGCGGAGCAGACUGAGAAGGCUUUCUUGAAGCAGCCAAAGGUCUUCCUUUGCCCAAAGAAAUCUGACAAGGGGAAGAGACCUGGCAAGGCAGGUAAUCGCUUCUGGAAGAAUGUUGGCCUCGGCUUCAAGACCCCCAAGGAAGCGAUUGAAGGGGCCUACAUCGACAAGAAGUGCCCAUUCACUGGAACUGUUUCUAUCAGAGGCAGAAUUAUUGCUGGAACAUGCCACAGUGCCAAGAUGAACAGGACUAUCAUCAUCUGCAGGAACUACCUACACUUUGUGAAGAAGUAUCAGAGGUACGAGAAGAGGCACUCCAACAUUCCAGCUCACAUUUAUCCUUGCUUCCGGGUCAAGGAAGGAGACCAUGUCAUCAUUGGUCAGUGCAGGCCUUUGUCAAAAACUGUGAGGUUCAACAUCCUUAAAGUCAUUCCAGCGGGAUCCACAGGUGGCACUGGGAAGAAGGCAUUCACCGCUGCUUGAGCUUACCGAAAUUGUCUAGUCUAGAAGUAGUUAUAGAUAAAAGUUCAUUCUUCUGAACAUGUUCAUGAAAUCUAUCCGUGCAAGUUUUGUUUAGAUAUCACUGGUCAUGCAAAUUGUGGUAGCUGUUGCCCACUGGUUGGCUGGUCGGAUGGUGUACCAUAUGCACCUUAUUUGAAGCAAUGGCAUCAGCAGCUUGUUUUCUUAUCUUA